GAGAGAUCGAGAGAGGAGCACUCCUGGCCACAGCAUGGACAACGUGGAUGUGCGUGAAGAGUUCCAGCCUCAGGGCAAGAAGCGUCGAUUGCAGGAUGACAACACUGAGAAUAUCAACGUGGCAGCAGUGAAUAAUAAGAGUAUGUCCCUGCAGCGCUCACGGCUUCCACAGCCGUCUCUGAGGCGAAUACAGAUGCCACCUGCAGUGGCCAGCACUAACGUUAGAAGUUUAGUGAUGGGAGCUCAACUUCCAUUCCAAGCCGAGGGCGUGGACCCGCUGUCCUUUGCCGGCCGGGGCCGCCAGACCCGCAGUGAUGCAGCAUCGUCCCAAUCUGGGAGGUCGGGCCAGCAGGGCGCGGUUGGCACUCCAGCCGCUCCUAGCAGGGCCAGCUCCGCGAUGAAGAUUCGUGUGGCAGCGGUAGCUAAAGAUGCAGCUCCCAGCACUGCAGCCAAGGGUGUUCCACAAUCAGUGAAGUGUGCUCCUUCCGCGGCUGUGGCCAAGAGGCGACCGGCCUGGGAUGUGAAAGGGAAGCUGGAUGACACGAAGAAACAGCUGUCGGACUGCACGGGCAAGCUGCAGGUCGCUGAGCUGCAGAGGAAACAGUUUCAGCAGAGUUCAGACGUGCUCGGUAAAAGUUUGUCUCAUGCCACAUCCCGAGUCAAGGAGCUGGAAGACAAGCUGCGGACAGCGGAGUCUCAGCUGCAGAGCAGGGAAUCAGAGCUGGGUCAGCUUCGACAUGACAACACUGCCCUGCAGAAGGUGUUGCCGCUCCGGGAAGCUGAAAUCAGCAGCUUAACUACUGAAGUGCAAGAACUCUCCACCACUCUGAAAGACACGAAGAGUACACUGGUGUACGCACAGCAGCAGCUGGACCACACACAGCAGCAGCUGGCCCAGAAGGCUGCCUGUGUGGAUGAACAACACAAGCUCAUCGGCAGUCUGGAGGAACAGCUUCAGCAUAUGGAGCAGGCACUAACAAACGCAGAGCAGGAAAGACGCAGAUUGCACAACGUCGUGCAGGAGCUGAAGGGGAAUAUCCGUGUUAUCUGCCGUGUUCGCCCGCUUCUGGACGGGGAGAGGCACAAUGAUAUGAUGCACAUUCAGUUCCUGCCCAGUGAUGAGAAGGUGAUCACCCUCACAAAGGAGCAGGAGUCUCGCACUGGGAACAACCGGAAAGAUGUGAAACACGACUUCAGUUUUGACCACGUUUUCCAGCCAGUGGCAAAGCAGGAAGAAGUGUUUGAAGACAUCUCUCAGCUGGUGCAGUCUGCCCUGGAUGGCUACAACGUUUGUAUCUUUGCCUACGGUCAAACAGGCAGUGGCAAGACCUACACCAUGGAGGGGCCUGACGAGCUGACGUGUGACACCAAGGGGAUGAUUCCACGCGCAGUCGAUCAGAUCUUCGCUACUGCACGUAGACUCGAGACCAUGGGAUGGCUGUACAAGUUCACGGCCAGCUUUCUGGAGAUCUACAACGAGAACAUCCGUGACCUGUUGGUGACCAAAGCACAGAAGGCUGUCGUGUAUGAGAUCAAGCAACGCAGUAAUAAGAGUGAGGAGCUGUACGUCACCAACUUGAAGUACAUCACUGUCGGCACAGUGGAGGAGGUCAACAAGUUGAUUGCACGCGCCAAAACGAAACGCUCAGUGGCCAGGACAGCCAGAAACCAUCAAUCAUCAACGGAGCACAGUUGUCUGUCCAGCUAUACAUAG